AUGGAAACUUCGGAAGACCGUGGCAAUCCCUCCAGUAAACAAUUCCAUUAUGAAAAUAAUAUGACAGUUGAAAGAGUGCCAUCAAAUAUCAAAGAGUCAUUUGGGAGCGGAGCGUCCAAUACUAGAUAUGGUCGGCCAGAAGAUACCAAUGUUAAAAUGCCUAUGACGAUUCGGCAGUUUCAGAAGUCCGACAAGGUAAGAAUUCACCAAGACUACACGCAUGUUGCAGAGGUCGGACAUCGGCAAAAACGUAAACGUGAUGCCAUCGAAACUUUGGAUCGCCGUGACAUCCCCUCCAGUAAACAACAGCAAUAUAAAACUAACACAACAGCUGGACGAACGACAUCAAAUACCAUAGAGACAUCUGAGGGCGGACAAGCUGAAAAUUGCUCCGAGGCUAUUGAAGACUUAAAUCGAGAGAUGCGUGAAGUAGUGCAUCAAAGCCAAUCUCAGUUGAAGAAGGCAAUAGCGGAGAUUGCGGAGAGUAUAGUUGAAAAAAUAUCACAGCAAAUGGAAGGUGAUUAUCAAACUGGUGUUUUUAUGGAAUAGCUGAAUCCUGAAGGCAAAUAAUUACAAUGAUAUCAUCAUGAGG